ACACAUAUAAAUAGCGCAUGUUUCCUGAAUGCGAGUCACUUUUCAAAGCGAUCUUUAACGUGAAAUGCUGUUUAUGAAUAAUUGGUGCACCUUAAUACGGAGUUUGCAGUAGAAGGGUUUGUGAAAAAAAAAAAAACAAGAGAUAUCAGCACACACUGGUUCAACUAUGAUUCACUUCAACAUAAUUGUAUUCCUCCUAGGGCUCUUAUCACCAUUAGUUUAUUCUCAUGGUUGUCGUAUGGAAGACGACGUGUGUGAGUUUAAGCUGGUAAUUUCCUAUAAAUUAACUAUGCUAUACAAUAAGAUCUUGGUACUACCCCAUAAUGGAAAACUCUACAAAUAUGACGUCACUAAUUUUACAAAUGCUCAACCGAUACCAACUGAUAAAGUCAUUACGAUGGAUGGUUUCUCUGAGUCAGUUAAGGUGAUUGCAGUUAAUGGCACAGUUCCUGGACCAACAAUAGAAGUUUAUAAAGGACAAAGAGUCAUCAUUGAAGUAGAAAACCGAUUAUUUUCAGAAUCUACAACAAUACAUUGGCACGGCAUUCAUCAAAAAGGAACACCUCAUAUGGAUGGCGUACCUUGGGUUUCACAGUGUCCAGUUCAACCAGGUCAGUCGUUCAGAUAUGAAUUUAAUGUUACACAAACUGGAACUUAUUGGUACCAUUCUCAUCUUGGGACACAACGUACGAUGGGACUAUUUGGUGGUUUUAUAAUACACGAAAAGACAAAACGUAAAAUGGAAGAACAUGUGAUGUUAAUAAAAGACUACAACCAUAACUGGGACUCCGAUGUGAGUUACUUAAAAAUGAAAUUCGGAUUCUAUUGGAACCGUAAAAACAUUGGCAGUUCCAAAUCUCUAGAUGGGGCACAUUUUAGUCUUUUUAAUUUCCAUUCUGGUAUUGUGAAUGGUCGAGGCCGUUAUUAUGAUGAAACAGGGAAACAUAAUGGGGCUCCACUGACUGUCUUUGAAGUAGAACAAGGUAAAGAGUAUCGUUUUAGAGUGAUCGCUGCAGGGUACCUUUACCCGUUUGAAGUGUCUGUUGAUGGUCACCAGAUGGUAGUCGUUGCCUCUGAUGGUUUUGACCUAAAACCAACAGCUGUUGAUUAUUUCAUCCUCAGUCCGGGUGAGAGAUUUGACUUUAUAUUGAAGGCAAAUAACUCUGUCGGAAAUUAUUGGAUUCGUGGAAAAACAAUGGAAAUUGAAAAAAAUAAUACAUUUGAAGCAAUUCUUCGUUAUAAGGGUGCACUGGACGAAGAACCCAACUCCACGGUUUCUGACUGCGUUCAACAAAAGGACUGCACUUUACUCAACUGCCCCUUUCUUUAUUAUCCCGAGAAAAGUAAUAAACGGUGUUUACAGUUUAAUGACUUGGAACUUGAUUACCCUGUUGUUGUACCUCCAUACAAGUCUGGGAGGUUUGAGGAAUAUUUUUUAAAUUUUGCUUUUCCUGGCGAGCCAGGAUACACACCAGCAUCAGUAAAUGGUCGUGUGUUCGUGGAACCCACGGUAAACCCUUUAACACAACCAAAAGAAAUAGAUAGUCUGUGUGAUAAUGCCAACUGCGGUGUUGAUAAAGUGUGUCGGUGUACUUAUUCUAUAAACCUGAAAUAUCGUGAUACAAUUCAAGUUGUAAUGACAAAUCUUGGAAAAGGUAAAGGGUUCUCCCACCCUAUACACAUGCAUGGACAUUCAUUUUAUGUAGUUAAAAUGGGGUUUCCAAAAUACAAUGAAACAACGGGAGAAAUAAUAAAUGAUACUGUAGAUAUUGAUUGCAGAGGUGAUCCGAAAAUGAACUAUUGUAAUGAUGCGGUUUGGUCAAAUAGCAACUGGGAAGGAGACAACAUCCCCGGAAUGAAUUUACGAACCCCCCCUCAAAAGGAUACAAUUAUGGUCCCUACAGGUGGAUACGUUGUAGUGAGAAUAGUGGCCGAUAAUCCUGGAGUAUGGAUCAUGCACUGCCAUAUUGAAUUACACAGUAAGGACGGAAUGGCAAUGGUUCUAAAUGAAUCUUUUGCCCACUUACCAAAAAUCCCUGUCAAUUUCCCUGCAUGUCGAAGUUUCGAGAAAGGAGUUUAUAAUGAAGAAACAAAAGGUGUUGGUGAUAAAAAUACUUCAGAACACGCUGCAGGCGACUACAUGGUACGAGUGGCACUUGGAGUUCUAAUCGCUGUCGUCUGUAUCCUGGUCUUGUUGUUGUUGUUCUGGUGUUCCUUGUUAUAAGGAAGCAAAAGAAUUAACUUUGAAAAUCACCUGAAAUCAAUACGAUCAUAGAUAGAAGUGGGGGAGAGUGGGGUGGGGCGAAUCUAAGAUUUGCUAAGGUAAUUUUGUGGGGUCUGUAAGUGCAUAGUGUAAGGUUCGAGUGGCGUUUGGUAACUGAUGUGUGUCGUGGGUCAUGUAUGUACUUGGUGGUAUAUAGUACAGAUAGUGUAUUAGUAACAGUAUAUGGUGUGAUAGAACACCAUAACGACGGCAUUAUUAAUUUUACAUUAUUACGACACUAUUAUUAAUGUGUGUGUGUGUGUGUGUGUAUUUGUGUGUGUGUCUGUGUGUGUUGAUGUAGUAAUAAUGGUAUUU